AUGGCCAAAGGAAGUGGACUCUCCAUUGAUUCAGAUCCAUUUUCCUUCUCUCUCCACAACCCUAUAGUCCUCAACUCCUUCCAGGAAGACCAAUAUAACCACCACCUCCCACCACUCUCCACCACCAAAAAACAACUUCACCACCACCACUCAUCACUCAUGCUCAUGGACAACUCGACCGCUAUUCGCCGCCGAUCUCCUACGCCCCCUCCUCCCACGACUAUCCAGUUCGCAGUCAACCUCAACCGCUCCAACGACGACGAUGUUCAGCACUCUCCUGACUCACCACCACCCUCCAACGAGCAACGCAAAGUCAUCGACGAGCGGGACUUCUUCGCCGAUAGCAAGAACCACCUCGAAAAGUCCGUCGGCUCCGACUACCCUGCCGAUAAAAUGGACUUACAUGGCCCCACAGACAUGGAAUUCAACGUAAAUACUGGAUUGAAUCUUCUGCUUACAAACACUAGUUCUGACCAUUCAGUGGCGGAAGAUGGUAUUCCAUCAAACAUAGAGGAUAAAAGAGCUAAAAGUGAGCUCGCUGUUCUUCAAGCUGAGCUCCAGCGGAUAAACGUGGAGAAUCAACGGUUGAGGGGGAUGCUUAAUCAGGUGACCACCAAUUACAAUGCUCUUCAGGUGCAGUUGCUGAAUUUGAUGCAAAGCCAGAAGGCUGAUCAGAACAGUAGUGGUGCCGAAGGCCAUCGAGUGGCGUUGGAAGAAAAGAAGCUUAUGAAUGGAAAUGGAUCAUCACUAGUGGUGCCGAGGCAGUUCAUGGAUCUUGGGUUGGCUGCUAAAAAUGGUGAUGCUGAUGAGCAUUCACAGUCUUCGUCUGAUGAACGAAGUCGUGGCGAACGGUCUGGCUCGCUUGGAGAUAAUGUGAAGGCUGCAGGGCACAGUGAUGACCAAGGGAUCGGUUUUGAUCACGAAAAGAAGGAUUUCGGGAAACGAAUUGGGAGAGAAGAGAGCCCAGAUCAGCCGUCACAGAGUUGGGGGCCUAACAAAGUUCCGAGGCUCAGUUCUCCGAAAGAGGUUGAUCAAACUGAGGCUACAAUGAGGAAGGCUCGGGUCUCGGUUAGAGCUCGAUCCGAGGCGCCUAUGAUCACUGAUGGAUGUCAAUGGCGAAAGUAUGGGCAAAAGAUGGCAAAAGGAAACCCUUGUCCUCGUGCUUAUUAUCGAUGCACCAUGGCUGCUGGUUGCCCCGUUCGAAAACAAGUACAAAGAUGUGCAGAAGAUAGGACAAUCCUAAUCACUACAUAUGAAGGCAAUCACAACCACCCAUUGCCUCCGGCAGCAAUGGCAAUGGCAUCGACUACAUCAUCCGCGGCGCGGAUGUUGCUCUCAGGGGCUAUGCCGAGUGCCGACAGCCUAAUGGACUCAAACUUCCUCAGCAGGACAAUCCUCCCAUACUCCACUAGCAUGGCCACCAUCUCCGCCUCAGCGCCAUUCCCUACUGUUACAUUGGACUUAACACAGUCACCGAACCCUUUACAACAAUUCCAAAGGCCACCAGGCCAAUUCAACAUUCCAUUCCCAAACCCUAAUCAGAAUUUCACCAGUGGCCCUUCCUCAUUGCUGCCUCAAAUUUUUAGUCAGGCGCUAUACAACCAGUCCAAAUUCUCUGGCCUCCAAAUGUCACAGGAUACAGACCGUGCGGCCGUCCAAUUAGGUCACCAGUCGCAACCCGGACAGCAGCAGGGCUCACUGGCCGAUCUUACUGCCGUCACCGCUGCCAUUGCAGCUGAUCCAAACUUCACUGCAGCCCUAGCAGCUGCCAUUACCUCUAUCAUUGGCAAUGCUCAUCCAAACAACAAUGUUGCCAACCCAGCAACCAACUCAAACAACAACAAUGUCAAUGCCACCAAGCAACAGCAGUAGCGAUUGCAAAAAUAAUCUUAGCAGUUCUAGUUUUUCAGGGAAUUAAAGCAUGCUUUAUUAUUAUUAGUUUUCGAUUAGGAUUAAUUACUUUUGUUUUGGGAUGGGAGAAAAAGAAAGUGAAAAUAUACAUGCUUUUCUUUUUUCUUGUAUUUUUUUUCUUUUUUUUGGGUGGAGGGGAUAAAUUGAUGAUAGAUAUUAUUUUCUUUGUCAUUUGGAAUAAUAUGUUCACAUUGUAUGUCAGUACAAAGUAACAUAAAAACGAAGAAAAAAACAAAGAAAGAGGAAAGAAUGCAAAUUGGUUCUUCCAUGUUUGUAUGCAUACGGAAAUGGAGAGAUUGAUGUUUUGGCACUCUCUCGUCUUAUAAUUAUUUAUGCCAAUGUUCUAUGUUU